ACUUCCCGCGCCCCCGCACAGAGCGAGCGAACGAGCGAGCGAGCUGGGGCGCUGGCCACGAGGGGUGGGGGCGCGGGAGUGCGGGGCGGGGGGGGGGCGCGGCUAGCGAGUCCCGGCUGCGUCCAUCCCGCGCUCGCUUUUUCCGAGCUGCUUGUCGGCGCGGAGACUCCCGACCCCACUUGGCUCCUGCAGCCGAACAGUUGGCGCUGAAAACACUUUCCCGCUCCCCUCCCGCUUCCCUGGAGCCUCCACGCGAACCCGUAGAGUAACCCCCUCUACCCGGCGACGAGCGGCUCCCAACUCUCCUCCGGGAGCAGGUUGGAGGCUGGAUUUCGGGAGGCACUUGAUUUUUUUUUUUUUGGUGGGGGGUUGUUGCCAGCCCCUCCUCCUGAAUCCUGGUCGAUUUUCAAUUUUUUAAAAAAGCGGUUUUUCUUCCUAUCGUUGAAUACUCCUUUUUGUAAAAUUUCUGAGGGAUUUCGGAGAAGAAGAUUGGGGCGUGUGUUGGGUUAUUUAAGAAAGAAAAGAAAAGAAAAGAAAAAAGAAAGCAAGGGAGCGUUUGCUAAAUUUUUCCUCGGGCUUUGGAAUCGCAAGCCCUCCGGAGCGAGAAGGAGGGCAGAAGAGCGGCGAGGGCCCCCGAACCCCCCGCGGGCGCCCCCUCCCCACUCCCCCCACACUCCCGUCCGCCCGCUCGCUGCGCGCACCCUCCCUCCCCCGCGCCGGACCCGCACCUCGCCGGGCGCCACACUCCUGGCAGCCCGAGCCGCGGCAGCCGCAGCGGGAUGGAGGCGGCGCGCACGGAGCGCCCCGCAGGCUGGCCCGGAGCGCCCCUCGCCGGGACUGGGUUCUUGCUCCUGUCGACUUGGGUCCUGGCCGGCGCCGAGAUCACUUGGGGCGCGGCGGGCGGUCCUGGGAGCCCCGCAGCCCAGGCUUCGCGGCCAUCGGCUCUGCCUCCUCUCUCGCCGCGAGCACUGAGCAGCCAGUGGCCGGUGGAGCUGGCGACAGCGCGGGGACACCGGCAGGGACCAGAGCGAUUGCUUCAGCCCCGCGGCAGCGAGAAGCCCGGAGGAGCCCUGCACCCGUGGGCGGCCGGCGCGCGAUGGGAACAGGGCGUCCUGACUCCCGGUAAACCUGGUGGCGCCCGGAGGAGUCGCCGGGCAGAGGCGCCCAGCGCCCUGGAACGCGGGGACACCCUGGCCGCCGCCUUGGCCGAGGACUCUAAAGCAAACCGUCCGGUGGCCAGGGGCCUCCGGGAGGAGGGGAAAGCUUCGCGGGCUGCGGGGCCGGUGGCAGAGGAGCUCCGGCUGCCCAGCACCUCGUUCGCCCUGACCGGGGACUCGGCACACAACCAAGCCAUGGUGCACUGGUCGGGACACAACAGCAGCGUUAUACUUAUCCUGACUAAGCUAUAUGAUUUCAACCUGGGCAGUGUGACUGAGAGUUCACUCUGGAGAUCGACUGAUUAUGGUACCACCUAUGAAAAGCUGAAUGACAAAGUGGGUCUGAAGACUGUCCUUAGUUACCUCUACGUCAACCCCACCAACAAAAGGAAGAUCAUGCUUCUUAGCGAUCCUGAAAUGGAGAGCAGCAUAUUGAUCAGCUCAGAUGAAGGAGCAACCUAUCAGAAAUACCGACUCACCUUCUAUAUCCAGAGUCUGCUCUUUCAUCCCAAACAAGAGGACUGGGUACUGGCCUACAGUCUGGAUCAAAAGCUCUAUAGUUCCAUGGACUUCGGAAGGCGGUGGCAACUCAUGCAUGAACGCAUCACACCUAACAGGUUUUACUGGUCAGUUGCAGGACUGGAUAAGGAGGCGGAUCUGGUGCACAUGGAGGUGCGGACCACGGAUGGAUAUGCUCACUACCUCACCUGCAGAAUCCAGGAAUGUGCCGAGACAACACGAACUGGACCUUUUGUCCGCUCCAUUGAUAUCAGUUCCCUAGUUGUCCAGGAUGAGUAUAUCUUCAUUCAGGUAACGACUGGAGGAAGAGCCAGCUACUAUGUGUCCUAUCGAAGAGAGGCCUUUGCUCAGAUAAAGCUACCCAAAUAUUCACUGCCUAAGGACAUGCAUAUCAUCAGCACAGAUGAGAACCAAGUGUUUGCGGCAGUCCAAGAAUGGAACCAGAAUGACACAUACAACCUCUACAUCUCAGACACACGUGGGAUAUACUUUACCCUAGCCAUGGAGAAUAUUAAGAGCAACCGAGGUCUAAUGGGAAAUGUCAUCAUUGAACUGUAUGAGGUAGCAGGUAUCAAAGGGAUAUUCCUGGCAAACAAGAAGGUGGAUGACCAGGUGAAGACAUACAUCACUUACAACAAGGGCAGGGAUUGGCGCCUACUACAAGCUCCUGACGUGGACCUAAGAGGAAGCCCAGUACACUGUCUGCUGCCCUUCUGCUCCUUACACCUGCACUUGCAAAUCUCUGAAAACCCAUAUUCCUCAGGAAGAAUCUCUAGCAAGGAGACAGCCCCAGGACUUGUAGUGGCUACAGGUAACAUUGGCUCGGAGCUCUCUUAUACUGACAUCGGUGUGUUCAUUUCAUCUGAUGGGGGCAAUACAUGGAGACAGAUCUUUGAUGAAGAGUACAAUGUCUGGUUCCUAGACUGGGGUGGCGCCCUCGUGGCCAUGAAACACACACCUCUGCCAGUCAGGCAUUUGUGGGUGAGUUUUGAUGAGGGCCACUCCUGGGACAAGUACAGUUUCACUUCAGUUCCUCUCUUUGUGGAUGGUGCUCUGGUGGAAGCAGGCGUGGAGACCCAAAUCAUGACAGUUUUUGGCCACUUCAGCCUCCGCUCUGAAUGGCAGUUGGUGAAAGUGGACUACAAAUCCAUCUUCGGCCGGCGCUGCACCAAGGAGGACUACCAGACCUGGCACCUGCUCAACCAGGGGGAGCCUUGCGUCAUGGGAGAAAGGAAAAUAUUCAAGAAACGAAAACCUGGAGCCCAGUGUGCACUGGGCCAUGAUUCCUCAGGAACGGUAGUCUCAGAACCCUGUGUCUGUGCUGACUGGGAUUUUGAGUGUGACUAUGGCUAUGAGAGACAUGGAGAGAGCCAGUGUGUCCCAGCUUUCUGGUACAACCCAGCAUCCCCAUCAAAGGACUGCAGCCUUGGUCAAAGCUACCUAAAUAGUACUGGGUAUCGACGGAUUGUAUCCAACAACUGUACCGAUGGACUGAGAGAGAAGUACACAGCCAAGGCCCAGCUGUGUCCCGGAAAAGCUCCUAGGGGCCUCCAUGUGGUGACAACUGAUGGACGCCUGGUGGCAGAACAGGGACACAAUGCAACCUUCAUAGUCCUCAUGGAGGAGGGUGAUCUCCAAAGGACAAACAUCCAGCUUGACUUUGGGGAUGGAAUUGCUGUGUCCUACGCUAACUUUAGCCCCAUUGAGGAAGGCAUCAAGCAUGUGUACAAGAGUGCAGGGAUCUUCCAGGUGACAGCCUAUGCAGAGAAUAAUCUGGGCUCUGACACAGCUGUCCUUUUCCUGCACGUGGUUUGUCCUGUGGAGCAUGUUCAUCUCCGAGUUCCAUUUGUUGCCAUAAGAAACAAAGAGGUCAACAUCAGUGCCAUCGUGUGGCCCAGUCAGCUGGGGACCCUCACUUAUUUCUGGUGGUUUGGCAACAGUACAAAGCCCCUCAUCACCUUGGACAGCAGUAUUUCCUUCACAUUCCUUGCAGAGGGAAUCAACACCAUCACUGUUCAAGUGGCUGCUGGGAAUGCUCUUAUCCAGGACACCAAAGAUAUCGCAGUUCAUGAAUAUUUCCAGUCUCAGCUCUUAUCAUUCUCUCCUAAUUUGGAUUACCACAAUCCUGACAUUCCUGAGUGGAGGCAAGAUAUUGGCAAUGUCAUCAAGCGAGCUCUGGUUAAAGUAACCAGUGUCGCAGAAGAUCAGAUCCUAGUUGCUGUGUUCCCUGGACUCCCUACUUCAGCAGAGCUCUUCAUCCUUCCCCCCAAGAACUUGACAGAGAGAAGGAAAGGCAAUGAAGGGGACCUGGAAGAAAUAGUAGAGCUGCUGUUUAGUGCCCUAAACCAAAACUUGGUCCAGUUUGAACUGAAACCUGGUGUUCAGGUCAUUGUGUAUGUCACCCAGCUGACAUUAGCUCCAUUGGUAGACUCCAGUACUGGGCACAGCAGCUCAGCCAUGCUUAUGCUUCUGUCAGUGGUGUUUGUUGGCUUGGCUGUGUUUUUGAUCUACAAGUUUAAAAGGAAAAUUCCUUGGAUUAAUAUCUAUGCUCAAGUCCAACAUGACAAGGAGCAGGAAAUGAUUGGGUCAGUGAGCCAAAGUGAAAAUGCCCCCAAAAUCACACUCAGUGACUUCACGGAGCCUGAGGAACUGCUGGACAAAGAGCUGGACCCCCGAGUGAUAGGAGGCAUUGCCACCAUUGCAAACAGCGAAAGCACAAAGGAGAUCCCCAACUGCACUAGUGUUUAAUACCAACAAGCCACGUGAUCAAUCACCUUUCUGACUUUUUAUUUUUGAUGAUUCCUAUUACUAUUAUUAUGGACAAAUGAAAAUGUCUUUUUUUAGCCUUUAUUUACCAAGGGCCCCUUCAUAAAUAGCAGGUAGCUGCUUAGCUUUGGGAGACAAAGGCAUUCUUAACUGAUAGGAAUGAGACAAAUGAAGAAUGGAUGGAUGGAUUUCUUCUGAGGGUAAAGGAUACACCAUCCCAUGGCCUACUUGCUUUAUUCUGCCAUUGAUUGCUCAAGGACUCUCUUUUGCCUUGUGAUGUCCUCAUGUUUCAAAUUGAGUUUGCUUUUCAUUAACCUCUCACUCCCCCAAAUUACCAAUGCCUCUCCUUUGUAUAGAAGCCUGAAACACAAGACAUAUUCCAGUUAAAUCUGCAGGAGAUAGGGUGGUGGGGAGUGAGUAUAGCUCUAGAAAGCGUGCACACCUUUAUGAAAGAGACCCCUGCUUCGUGCAUGUCAAUAGCAAGGCUACUGAUGGCUUAUUGUAUAUAAUUACAAUGUAAAUAGCUUUUUAUUUCCUGAGAAAUAAUUUAAUGUUUAGUAAAAAAGAAAACAGAAAAAAGAAAGAUGUGUGUGUGUGUGUAUGUAUGUGUGUGUUGCCUUAUGCACUCACCUUCAGAGGUCACCUACCCCCCAUCCCCAGGCCUGCUUGAUAUGUUGGGUUCUGGAAAAUAUCCAGUUGUCAGUUACAAUUAACUCUUACAUCUCUGUGUCCACACCAUUGCUGAUUUCUACUUAUGUAUAUAAAGGAGGGGGACUGGGGCUUCUUUGGGACAGUUAGUAAAGGAAAGAUUAUAGUGGCAUCAUAGAAUGUGGUCGUGACAUGGUAGAAGUUGCAAGAUGAAGAUCUUGACUUGAUGAAGAUCGAGACUUCAAACUGAGACCAAGAUGAGGCAAAAAGACUCCCCACCAAGAGGAAAAGUUAAGGAUAUUUAUAAAACCUGAAAAAUUGGUUUUCUCUCAAGAAGUCAGGCAAUGGAUUGAUAAACAACACUCUGGUUUGAUUUUCUGGAAAUGUAUAAUGCCUGCAGGAACAUUUGGGGGCAAUUUUUAGCUUAAAAAUGUCCUCUGGGCACUAUGUUAAGUCCAAUUCCUCUGCAUGGGAGGAGUCAGAGAGAUUGGGAAGAGUCAGAGAGGUUGUGAGAGUUGAAUUUGUGAAAUCACAGUCCAAGCAAACCCUGCAGGCCAAAUAGGGGUCUAGCCUUUAAUGAUAUUAGUCAAAGAUGAUCUUAGCACAGCUGUGCUAUUUGCUUGUCAGAUGUGUACAACUUAAUUAAAGUCAAAUGUCUGCCUUCAGUUCCAUUAAGAUAGUUCUUGCCUCCGGGGCAAGUGGCUUUCAAAGCCAGUGUUCUCUUCUCCAGCACCCCUGCCCUUCACUCACUGCAUCUCCCAGUUCUAUUCUGUUCAGUAGGGUCACUUGAAGCCAUGCUGUAAGUGUGUUUUUUGUUUUUGGGCUUAAACUGAGCACAUUUUUUUUUUAAAUGAUAUGCUGUAUAUAUAUUUGGGUAGAAAGACUGAAUUUUGUACUCGUAGAUUUUUGUGGGAUUUGUUCACAUUCUUCUCAGUAAGUUACUGGGAGAAUAUGAUCUAGAGAGAUAUUAAUGGCUUCAGCAUAGAUUAAGACUAAGAAGCUUUCUGAAGAUCCUGCUUUUUGGUUUCAAGGUUUAAACGGGGCAGACAGUUGCAAUACUUGUACUAAACACUGGAAUACAAAUGCAUGAGUCAUAUCUAUAUAUACAGUAUAUGUAAAUAUACUGUUCUUGGUUUUAUUGUUCCAUUUGAAUAUUUCUACUGUAAAAAAGACAGUGGUUUUGAAAUUGUUGAAAAUAAAUGUAUUUUUGUAUAUCAAAGUCAUACAUCAGGCUGA